UGACAAUCAUCCCUGCGCUUGGCGCUCGCCACCAGCGUUCAAUCCUCCAAAGCGUGUCACGACAUUCUUUUUUCCAUCUCUCACUCCAAACUCCACACCCCACGCUUACCUCCAUCGAACACGAUAUGAUCCUUGGUCCUGCCGCACCUCGCGCCUAAUCGAAACGAUGAGUUCCGAUCAACAAUCCCAAAACCCGGACACUCCUGGAGCGACGUCUCCCAACCAUUCCAAUGCUACUCCUGGAUAUAUGACGGUUGGCUCAGGCUCGACCCCGGAGGCUGCCGCCCGCCUAAUGUCGAUGCUAGACCAAGAUUCUGGCUAUGGAGGAAGUCUUGCAGAAGGAGAAGCCUCUGGCCGAAGUUGGCAUCAGGGUAUGGGCGAAGACAGGCCAACACCACCCCCAACCGAAAUCUUUUCUGGCCCCGCUGGGAAUGCAGAGCAAGAAAAACAGCGUAGCCAUGUGCUUCAGCUGCGAUACAAUAAGAACAAGAAUGCGCUGGCACGAGCGAUACACGGGUCCAUUGACAUGCUGAAGGGCUUCCAAGAGGAAAAUCUCAAAUGGCCAGCCCAUUAUCCCUCCGUCGCUCCCGAUCAUCAGAAAAAUCUACACAAUCGCACCGACUCGAGACCAGGACUGCAGCACACGCAGUCCGCUCUUAACGACUUCGAUCCGUCGUCGCGAUCGCCUGAUCGUCCAAGACCUCCGCGGCGAGCCGGCACUACAAUUCGAGAUGACUCCCCCGGAGAAUCGAGCUCGAGUGCGAUGCAGCAACCAAAGGUUGAGCCUAGAUUGAUAACUCCGCAACUCGCGCAUGACUUUUCCGUAUUGAAGCUGGAGCUACGCAUGGGUGGUCGCACACAAACUGAUUUGGUGCAUUCUUUGGAAAAGGGCUCCAUUGCGUCAUUGUUGGACGGACAAAUUCAACAGAGCAUCAAACACUUGUAUUCGAUCAAGGAGAGAAUUGAAGACACUGCAAGCAAAGUUCUUGUCACCGGCGAUCUCAAUGCUGGCAAGUCAACCUUUUGCAAUGCUUUGCUUCGACGGAAAGUGCUUCCGGAGGACCAACAACCGUGCACAAGCAUCUUCUGCGAGGUUCUUGACUUCAGAGAGAAUGGCAGUGUUGAAGAGGUCCAUGCGGUUCCUCUUGGAAAAGUCUAUAACCGCCACGAUGAGAGUACUUACACUGUCUUUUCGCUGACAGACUUGGAGAAGAUUGUGACUGACAAUGAACGAUUCUCGCAAUGCAAAAUAUACAUCAAAGAUAUUCGGUCCGUGGACGAGUCGUUACUCAACAACGGUGUGGUGGACAUUGCUUUGAUAGAUGCGCCUGGCUUGAACUCCGAUUCGGUGAAGACCACCGCAGUCUUUGCGCGGCAGGAAGAGAUCGAUGUGGUGGUCUUCGUUGUAUCAGCCGCCAAUCAUUUCACAGAAUCUGCAAAGAACUUCAUUUUCACAGCGGCUCGAGAGAAGGCGUAUAUUUUCAUGGUGGUCAACGGUUUCGAUACAAUCCGGGACCAACAGCGAUGCCAGGAAAUGAUCCUUAAGCAGGUACACAACCUGAGCCCUGCCACCUUCAAGGAGUCGAGCGAACUGGUUCACUUUGUUUCAAGCAAUGCUAUUCCCGUGGCUUCUUCCAGCGGAUCGCCUCCCGAUGGCGAUGGCGAUGAUGAUCCUUCCGACAAGGGCAAGGGCAAGGAAGCCGAGAAACAACGAGACUUUGAAGAGCUAGAAACGUCGUUGCGCCGAUUUGUGUUGGAGAAAAGGGCAAGAUCCAAAUUGGCACCCGCCAAAACUUACCUCUUGAACGUCUUGGGAGACAUUAACAACCUGGCCAAUGUCAACCGAGAUGUUGCACAGGCAGAGCUUGAUCGAGUCAAGAAGGAGAUUGAAGCUCUUGAGCCAGAGUUCGAAGAAUCUAAGAAGUCGCGGACCGAAGCUGGAGAAGCCGUUGAUCGCAUGGUUGAGGAGACUACGUCUGAUGUCUAUACCCACUCACGCAUCACCAUCGACAGCAGUAUUGCCAAAGUUGGGGAGCAAGACCUUGGAAUUGAGUAUCCUGGUAUUCUCUCCGCCUAUCAAUACGCCGAAGAUAUUCGAGAUUCCAUGCUUCAGGAGAUUACAGAAACGGUUCAUUCGUGCGAAGAACACGCGCGGCAACAAGCUUCACAAGGCUACAAUGGUAUCAAGAAUCUUGGUAUUCUUCAUCUCGGCAAUGAUCUACACGCUGAUGUUAUGUUCCGACCGGAAAGAAUGUUCAGAAAGACUGUGCAUGCGCUCGCUCGACAGGUUGAUAUAGAUAUCGAGUUGUGGGAUUUCUUUGACGUCACUCAUUUCUGGGAACGACAAGAGAAAGUUGCUGGCGCCAGCAUGGCCGUCACAGUUGCUGGUGUUGUUGGUGGUCGCAUGGUUGGCGGUGUGGGCUGGUUAGAUGGUGCCUUGGGAGCUGCGAAGAUUGUAGGCUCCAACAACAUCAGAAGACUGAUUAUCCCUGGUCUUGUUGCAGGUGUUGCCAUUGGUGUUUCCUACAUUUUAUCGUCCAUACCCAAGUCUUUGCCCCAUCGACUUAGCGCCAAACUAUCCGCCCAACUGGCUGCCAUCGACUAUACUCACUCCAACGCUUUACGCAUCAGCUCUGAGGUUCGCCGCGCGCUCAAAGGUCCUGCCAAUGACGUCCGUAUCGGUUUACAGCGCAAUGUUGAGAAACUGCAACUCAAGAAGGAGGAGACGACCAAGUUCAAAGCCGAAGCCUCAGAUGCACGCAAAUACUUCGGCAACCUCUUCCGUCAAGGCAGUGAGCUACGAGAGUCGGUGAACAGGAUCGAUCUGGAGGCUGCGCCACCUGCCCCAGUCGCCAGUACGAACUAA